CUUUCGCCUUGAAGGGAAGUUUGCUUAUGCUCCAAGCUUCGGAUGAGUGGACACCCUCUUUCAGCCGCCAUUCACUUCGGAAAAUAAGUGGCACGGUUGCUUGCAGUUAAAGUUGAUCGCUUGGCUCUUCCAGAGUCCUCAGUCAAUUAUUUACCAGACUCACUUCGCCUGUUUCUGUCCGAAGUCGGUCUUUGUCGAGCAAAACUUUCUUUCACUCCGCACAAGCCCUAGAAUUUCGUCACUUCUGUUUAAUUCCCAACCAAUCCUGUCUUCAACAUCACAACCUCAACCCCCUUGCAGCACCUUGGCAAUUCCCUUGCAGCCUCUUCGCAAAACAAAAAUCCCUCACCAAACCCAACCAAACAAGACAUCAUGUAUCUCCUUCAAGUUGUCGGCAUCUUGCUUGGCUUCGCCAUGGCCUCCAGUGCCUUGCCCAAGGCUCCUGUUACCAAUGUUGCACAAAACACGGGCUUGAGCGAUCGCGUCAUCUUUGCAGACUUCCAGAUCUCAAACAUGAUCCUUCUCACUUCUGCUCUUCCUGGCAACUCAACCUUCAACCACACUCUCUCGUUCAAAUUCACCGACCCAAACUCCAACGGUACCAACACUACCUGCGGCUCCUCCUGGAUCACCACGACUAACGGCAGCAACACCGCUCCAAUGUCCUACAUUUUGUGCGACCCCACUGCCGACGAGGGAUUCUUCGAAUGGCAAUUUACAACCAUCACCAGUCUCACUAGCUUCGGCCUCCGUUUCGCUCAUGAGUUCUCCGACCCUGUUCAUUACCCACCACCAUUCAAUAUGGUUGUGUACUUCUCCGAUGCUAAUGUCACCCUGACUUGUGAUGACGCAGCAGGCACCUCUUGCAAACUGCCCAGCAUGAAUGCCACUAUCAAUCGGAUCUCAGACUAAUCACUUUCACUCGAAAUCAACUUGCUUGGGACUGACUUUCUGGACAGCUUUCGAUGUAAUAUUUUCCUAGGUUGGGUGAAUUGGAAGUUGGCCAGAAAAGACUGGGCAGUAAAAGCAUUUUUGGUUUUUCUGCGUGCAUUUUCGGGAGUUUGAUGGGUUUGCUGCAUGAUUGAGGGGCGAAAGUCUUUCUACAUAAUGAGGCAAUGCAUUUUCGGCUUAUAGCAGAUCAUGGCAUAAACUUCGUUAAUGAUAAUGAUUAAUAG